AAUAAGAAAUAAGUCUCCCACACUAUAUACUACAUACCAUAUACAUGGAACAGAAGAAGAAAACACAACCAUCAAGCAUUCCAUUGGAGGUAGCACAAGAAUAUCCAGCUAAGCUUCUAGGUUUUGCACCUCUUCAACUUUCAGAUGAUUUAUACAAUGUAUUCAUCACUUGCAUAGAACAAAUGAUAGAUAAAUUUGGCGAGGAGAUUAUGGAAAAAGUUUGACUUUUAUUUUCCUAAAAGAAAUUAUUAAUCACUAUAACUUUUCUAUAGUUUGCAUCAAGAUUUAGAACAGAGAAAAUUCAAUCACUCAUUUAUCAUCUAAAAGAAAAACUUGAACAUCGUCUAUCAGAUAUGUUUGACACAUUUGAUGUAUUUUUAGUUAGCAAAGUGUUAUAUCUAAAUCCUUCAGUAGUACUUAAAGAUGAUGAGCCUCAAUUGACCUAUUCUCAAAAAGCUGAUGAAAUUAUUGGCGAACGCAUUGAAACAUACAGAAAUAGGAUUAUAGUUCUUAAAAGGUGUUUAACAAAAAUUGAAGAAGAAACUGCUCAGAUCAAUUCACUUCUUGAAAAUAUACGAAAUAUGAAAAAUAAUAUUAACCAAACUGUGGAAAAAGUAUAUGGCUUUAAAUCAGUUGAUGAUUUAUGCUUUUGUGUUAAUGAACGGAAUCGAUCUAUAAAACGAUUAUGCAGCGCUCUAACCUCUCGUGAAAUUUCAACUGAUAGUCAUAGUGUUCUUCAAAGACAAAAAACCACCUCAAAAGAAGAGAAGCAAACAAAAUAA